CCGACGGGGCCCUUUGUUUUUGUUGUGUGGAUUGCCGGAAAUGUUACGCGAAGCUUUGAGGAUUGGCAGCAGACGAUGCUACAGCUAUAAGUCUGUGCGUCGUCCCAAUUUGGGUGCGACAAGUGCUCCCAAGGCGGAACAGGAGAAGACUUCAGAUGCUGUCCCCGCAACUACAGGCAAUGGCAGCCUGGCCAAGCAGCUGAGGGCAAAGAUUCUGGCCACAGGACCCAUCACGGUGGCGGAAUACAUGCGGGAGGUGCUGACCAAUCCACAGGCCGGCUACUACAUGACACACGAUGUGUUUGGCCGUGAGGGCGACUUCAUUACAUCGCCGGAAAUAUCGCAGAUCUUUGGCGAGCUGGUUGGCAUUUGGCUAGUUACCGAAUGGCGCAAGAUGGGCAGCCCCUCGCCCUUUCAGCUGGUGGAACUGGGACCCGGCCGGGGCACCCUGGCCCGUGAUGUGCUCAAAAUUCUCACCAAAUUCAAGCUCGGCGCCGAGUUCUCCAUGCAUAUGGUGGAGGUUAGUCCGUUCCUGAGCAAGGCGCAGGCACAGCGCUUCUGCUACACCCACGACACGCUGCCGGAGGAGGCGCAGCUGCCUCACUAUCAAGUGGGCACAACGGCCACGGGCACCAAGGCCUACUGGCAUCGCCGUCUGGAGGAUGUACCCCCCGGAUUCUCCUUGGUGCUGGCCCACGAGUACUUUGAUGCGCUGCCCGUGCACAAGCUGCAGCUGGCGAAUGGCCAGUGGCAGGAGGUGCUCAUCGAUGUGGCGCCCGAAUCAGCGCUCGAGCAGGAGGCCAACUUUCGUUAUGUUCUGUCCAAGUCGCAGACCCCAGUGUCGCGUGUCUUUCAGCCCAUGCCCGGCGAGACACGCGCCACCCUGGAGUACUCGCUGGAGACGGAACGCCAGGUGGGUCUGCUGGCCGAACGCAUCGAGCGCGAUGGCGGCAUUGGCCUGAUCAUGGACUACGGACACUUUGGCGAGAAAACGGACACAUUUCGCGCGUUCAGGCAGCAUGCCCUGCACGAGCCACUGCUGCAGCCGGGCACCGCCGAUCUCACUGCCGAUGUGGACUUCAAGCUGGUGCAGAGCACAGCCGUGGCCAGGGGACACCUACAUUGCUGCGGUCCCAUCGAGCAGGGGCUCUUUCUCAGCCGCAUGCAGGGCGAAGCGCGCCUGGAGCAGCUGCUGGCCAAUGCGCUGCCUGAAAACGAGAGCUUAAUACGCUCCGGCUACGAGAUGUUGACGCAUCCACAGCAAAUGGGCAAACGUUUCAAGUUCUUGGCCAUGUUUCCCGGUGUGCUGGCGCCGCACUUGCAAAAGUUUCCCGUUGCUGGUUUUAGCUAGUCAAGAAAAAAAAAAAAACAAGUUGAAAUUUCGUGGCUUAAAAAAUAAUAUU